AUGCUUCCGGAAAGGCAAUGCUGUGCGCAGCUAUGCCCGGUGCAGACGACGACGAUGCCGCCGAAGACCGAGUGCCUGCAGGACCGCAAGUGGUGGUGCUUCCUGCUGUCCAGCGUGUUCACGUUUCUCGCCGGGCUGCUGAUCGUGCUACUAUGGCGGUUCUUCGCGUUCCUGUUCACGCGCAAGCAGCCCGCCGAGCUCGCGGCGCCCGGUUGCCCGAACAGCGAGCCCAAGAAGGAGCCGAAGCGGCAGGGCAAACAGGAGUUCGAGGGAACGUUCAUGACAGAGGCCAAAGACUGGGCGGGCGAACUGAUAUCCGGACAGACCACUACCGGGCGGAUAUUGGUGGUGCUUGUGUUCAUUUUAAGUAUAGCAUCUCUAAUUAUAUAUUUUAUCGACGCCUCCAACGAGGAGGUUGAACGAUGCCAAAAGUGGAGUCACAAUGUUACUCAACAAGUAGAUUUAGCUUUCAAUAUUUUUUUUAUGGUUUACUAUUUUAUAAGAUUUAUAGCCGCCAGUGAUAAGUUAUGGUUUAUGUUAGAAAUGUACUCGUUUGUAGACUACUUCACGAUUCCACCGUCGUUUCUUUCGAUAUACUUGGGUCGAACUUGGAUCGGUCUAAGGUUCCUCCGAGCUCUGCGCCUAAUGACAGUGCCUGAUAUUUUGCAAUAUUUAAACAUUCUAAAAACGUCGAGUUCAAUUCGACUUGCUCAACUCGUGUCUAUUUUUAUAUCCGUGUGGUUGACCGCCGCCGGAAUCAUCCAUCUCCUGGAAAACUCGGGAGAUCCAUUUGAGUUCCAAAACCAGCAACGGUUAUCAUACUGGACUUGUGUGUACUUUUUGAUUGUCACCAUGUCCACGGUCGGAUACGGAGAUGUGUUUUGCCAGACUAUUUUGGGCAGAACUUUUCUAGUAUUUUUCCUACUCGUCGGCCUCGCGAUUUUUGCGAGUUGUAUACCCGAGAUAAUUGACCUGAUCGGAACUAGACCAAAAUACGGAGGAACCCUGAAGAAUGAACGUGGAAGGAGGCACAUCGUCGUUUGCGGACACAUUACCUACGAGUCAGUGUCGCAUUUUUUGAAAGAUUUUUUACACGAAGACAGAGAGGACGUAGACGUGGAAGUGGUAUUCUUACACAGGAAGCCACCUGACCUGGAACUGGAAGGACUUUUCAAGCGACAUUUUACCACUGUCGAGUUCUUCCAAGGUUCUAUAAUGAACCCUAUUGAUUUGCAAAGGGUAAAGGUCCACGAGGCUGAUGCCUGUCUGGUGUUGGCGAACAAGUACUGCCAAGACCCGGACGCCGAAGACGCUGCGAACAUAAUGAGGGUCAUUUCUAUCAAAAAUUACUCGGACGACAUAAGGGUCAUUAUACAACUCAUGCAGUAUCAUAACAAAGCGUAUUUACUGAACAUUCCGUCGUGGGACUGGAAACAAGGAGACGACGUGAUCUGCUUAGCGGAGUUGAAACUUGGUUUCAUUGCGCAGAGUUGUCUAGCACCAGGCUUUUCCACAAUGAUGGCGAAUCUGUUCGCCAUGAGGUCGUUCAAAACGUCUCCGGAUACGCAAGCGUGGCAGAACGACUAUCUGCAGGGCACCGGCUGCGAGAUGUAUACGGAGACCCUGUCCCCGUCAUUCACCGGCAUGACGUUUCCGCAGGCCAGCGAGUUGUGCUUCACUAAGCUGAAACUUCUGCUGUUGGCCAUAGAAAUAAAAGGCGAGGACGGACGGGACAGCAAGAUAUCAAUAAACCCCAGAGGUUCCAAGAUACAGGCGAGCACCCAGGGGUUCUUCAUCGCUCAGUCAGCCGACGAAGUCAAAAGGGCUUGGUAUUACUGUAAGGCAUGUCACGAAGAAAUUAGAGACGAAACGCUGAUCAAGAAGUGCAAGUGCAAAAACUUGGCGACAUUCCGGAAAGGCGUUCGCGCUAUACAAAUGGUCGGACGGGCAAGUGACGUCGGGAAGGAAAAGGAAAUAACACUGUUGGGCAACAAAAAUACGCCAACGGCAAUGCCUAAUUCGAUAAUGUCGGCGGCGAAACAGGUGAACAAAGUGAAGCCAAUCAACCGUCCGACGGACAAAGGGUCGCCCAACCAAAACUACAACCGAGCUCAACAAGAAGAAGGAAGCUACGCCGGAUAUCAACUCGCAUACGAAGUUAAAAAAUUAUUACCGACGACUAGAGGAGGAUCGGCCGGCACAAACAUAAACAGCAACGGUAUUCAAAUCGGUAUCGCCGACGACCAGGCGAAAGACUUUGAUUUCGAAAAGACUGAAAUGAAGUACGACUCCACCGGCAUGUUCCAUUGGAGUUCGGCAAAAAGCCUCGAAGAAUGCAUCCUGGACAGGAACCAAGCCGCAAUGACCGUAUUGAACGGCCACGUCGUGGUGUGCCUGUUCGCCGAUCCGGACUCGCCGUUGAUCGGUUUAAGGAAUUUAGUUAUGCCUCUGCGGGCGUCAAAUUUCCAUUAUCACGAGCUCAAGCACGUGGUGAUCGUCGGCGCCGUGGACUAUAUCCGCCGAGAGUGGAAGAUGUUACAGAAUUUACCGAAGAUUUCGGUGCUCAACGGAUCGCCACUGAGUCGAGCCGAUUUGCGAGCGGUCAAUGUAAAUCUGUGCGAUAUGUGUGUGAUAUUGUCGGCAAAGUUCCUAGCAAUGACGACCCCACGUUGGCCGACAAGAGGCCAAUUUUAG